AUGACGCAACCGAGCUGCGUCCCGCUCGAACGUUCGCGCGCUCUCAGUCCGCACCGCUCGCGCGCGACCUUGGCCGCGGUGCGCCCGCAAGGUUCAGGUCUUCGAACUCAGCGCGCGGCGCGGGCAGCGGGGCGGGGGCGGCCCGCCCGCCAAUGGCUGGCCGCGCUCGUCUGCGCGCGCUCACGAUUGGUCCGUGGAAGACGCGGCAAUGACCUCGGAGACUGGAGUUCGAGGCUCGUUCCGAAACGUAGACCGACAGGCUUCGUACAGCCA